AGCCAUGGGGAAGAUCACCUUCUACGAGGACCGGGGCUUCCAGGGCCACCACUAUGAGUGCAGCAGUGACCACUCCAACCUGCAGCCCUACUUCAGCCGCUGCAACUCGGUGCGGGUGGACAGCGGCUGCUGGAUGCUCUACGAGCAGCCCAACUACACUGGGGGCCAGUACUUCCUGCGGUGCGGGGACUACCCCGACUACCAGCAGUGGCUGGGCCUCAGUGACUCGGUCCGCUCCUGUCGUCUCAUCCCCCAUGCUGGCGCUCACAGGAUCAGACUCUAUGAGAGGGAAGAUUAUAGAGGCCAGAUGAUGGAGUUCACCGAGGACUGCUCCUCUCUUCAGGACCGCUUCCACUUCAAUGAGAUUUACUCCCUGCAUGUGCUGGAGGGUUCUUGGGUCCUCUAUGAGCUGCCCAACUACCGGGGGCGGCAAUACCUGCUGAGGCCAGGGGACUACAGGCGCUACCAUGACUGGGGAGGCACAAGUGCCCGGGUGGGCUCUUUGAGGAGAGUCAUGGAUUACUACUGAAAUAGGUUCUUCAUCAUUUCUCAAUCUGGAAACUAAUAAAA